ACGGUCUCCGCAUGAAGUUCAUGCAGGCUGUUGUCAGGUUCACUUUCGGGGUCUUGUCGUCGGAGGAGGCAGCGCGCGGGAUGAGGGAGACCUCCUCGUCCCGCGGCGGCGGCGGCGGCGGCGGCUCUUAACCCCUGGGAUUCCGCGAGAGCUUUCCCCGCGCCGCGCUGCGACAGGGAUGGGCUGCAAGGGGAGCAAAAUGGGCUGCUGCGAAUCGGGAAGAAAGAAAAAGAUCAAAAUUCAGCAUGAAAGAGGACAGGCAUCCUGUGAACUAAAGGCACUGAAGACAGAAAAUGCCUGUUUACAUGAGGAAGCAGAGAAAGGGAAGGCAGAGCUGCUGGAGAAGCAGAGAAAUGAGAUCACAAGGCUCCAACAACAACACCAGGAGGAGAAAGUGUGUCUGGAGGAAGCUCACCGCACUGAGACUGAGAAACUUAGCCAAGACAUUAAAAUCCAGAUAGAAAAGGAGAAGGAUUUACAAUGCAAGCAACAACUCUCUGAGCAGCAUGACUUGCUGAAAAAAGAACAGGAAGAGAGACUUCGAGAACUCCAGAAAGCACAUGACCAAGAGAAAGUGCUCCUGACCGAAUCCUACCAAAAGUCCCAGUCAUCUUUGCAGGAGACUGUAGACAGAUUAAGUUCCCAGAUGAAGUCCUUCCAAGAGAAAAUGAAACGGGUGGAAGAGUCAAUCCUGAGCAGAGAUUAUAAGAAACACAUCCAGGAUUAUGGGAGUCCCAGCCAGUUCUGGGAACAGGAACUAGAGAGUCUACAUUUUGUCAUUGAGAUGAAGAAUGAACGCAUUCACAACUUGGACAAAAAGCUGCUCAACCUGGAAACGGUGAUGGAGAGAAAUUUGUUGCUUGAGGAGAAAGUUAAAACCCUUCAACAGGAGAAUGAAGAUCUCCAAGUUCGGAUGCAGAACCACAUGGCAGUGACAAGGCAACUGUCCGACGAGCUCCUCACUCUCCGCGAGUCCCUGGAGAAGGAGUCGCAGCUGCGAGCGCAAGCUCACCGGGAGAAGGAAGAGCUGCUGUACCGAGUGCUGAAUGGCGACUCUCCCCACCCGUUCCCUAUCUCCACGGAGGCAACGCUCAUCGCUACGUAGCAUUCGGAUAGGCCAGAAAGACUGGGGUGGGGCAGGGAGGGGAGAGGUGGCUCCUUCCUUUUGUUCUAGGCCUCUCUAUUGUCGACUAGACCUAGAACUCUCAUGCUGAGUGGCACUCGGGUGCAAGGAAGGUUCUGGAGGUUCUGUGUGCUUUGAUUUUCUCCCAUAGGUGGCCUCGUUGUUUUGUGACACUUGAAGAGGUUGAACUGGCCUGCCUUAGGAAUAAGGGGGGUACUCCUCACCCCCCCACACACAAAAAGAGGUCAGCUUUAAUGCUAGCCAAGACGUUUCUGUGUAUGCCACUAAGCACUGACUAAGGGUCUUGCCCCACCCCACCCCCUCAGGGAGGUAGCAAGACUUGCUACCUCAUAUAUAUUAGGCCAUGAUGGAAAUGGCGGAGAUACGGUGGGCAUCCGAGUGACUCACAAUUUAAGAUUUCAGUAGAAAAGCUGUAGGUGAGAAGAAGCCAUAGGAUAGAAGAGAGGCAAUGGAAGUUUGAAGGCGCAGGCCCAGAUCCGAACGUCCUUUCAUCUGCCAGGUUUUGGAGGAACCAGAGUUUGCAUGCCCACAACUGUUUUGGUCUGAGCUGGAAGAGGCAGACCGGACCACAAACAUGCAUUUUGAUUCCUAAAUGCAAAACUUUGGAGAACUCGGGCAAAAAUAUGGAUACAAACUUCUGUGGUUGAGGUGCAUUCUAGAUGUUCACCCAGUCACAAAGGAGCUACUUAUCUACCACAAUCAGCUCCUGCGUUGAUGGGAGAACUUUCUCUCCCUCCAGAAAAUGACUCUGCUGUGUCAUUUUCUCUGCUUGAUGACCAUAAUCUUUUUUACAUACCCUCCUCCAUGAUGUGUUCAAUCCCUGCCCACAUGGCUGCCAUCAUUUCCAUGUUGAAACUGCUGCAUCAGAUAAGCAGCUGCUGACACGGCUUGGGAGAGAAUUGAACGGGCACCUCCUUGGGCUUGGUUCCUUUCAAAAAAAAUAUUUUUUCAAUAGAAGGUAUUUUUGCUUGCUUUUAUGAGUUCUUUGUCAGUUUAGAAAACAACAGAUUAAAAAUGGCCUUAAAAUUGCAAGCCUUUGGAAACCAAGGGAUUUUUUUUUUCUUUUUUAAAAAGGCAAUUUAGCUUCUUGAGAAGCUGAAAAGGAAGGUGGUGCCCUCCACUGGUUGUGAUGAAGCAGUGCUAGUAGUUGCAGAGAAACGGAAGUUGCUCCAGGCUGGAGAAACUAGAGGCUAAAUAGAUAGCAGGUGCACGUAAUGGUUAUUUUAUGGGUUUUUGUUUUAAAAAAGAAAAGAUGAUUUGAAUUGAGACAAAGGGUGUGUAAAAUGUCUUGAUUCUAAUCAAGAAGCAUUUUAUA